UGGAGUACGGGCAGGCCAGCCAAUAGGAGUGCGCGGUUGCCGACCUGUCGGCCAAUUGCAGAGGGUGUAGGGGGUUGGCCGGCUUAGCGCUGGCCCCAGGGAUAUGGAGCCCCCCGCGCGGGUACACCCUGGCAAGUGGUGGCAGAACGGAAUCCUAUUCUAAGAACUCAGGCACUCAGGUAUCCACCAUGGUGCUGGGUCCUGAACAGAAGCUUCCGGAUGAUGACACUUCCGGAGAUGGUGGGGACUCUGCCAGUCUCGGUGCUGUCAACCCUGCCUACAGCGACUCCUCCCUCCCACAGUCCUCUGGGCGCGCGGAGGAGCCCUUCACCACCUACUUUGAUGAGAAGAUCACCAUUCCUGAGGAGCACUCUUGUUUCAGCUUCCGUAAACUCUGGGCUUUCACGGGACCGGGCUUCCUUAUGAGCAUUGCCUACCUGGAUCCAGGAAACAUCGAAUCUGAUUUGCAGUCUGGAGCCGUGGCUGGAUUUAAGCUGCUCUGGGUUCUUCUGUUGGCCACCAUUGUGGGGCUCCUACUCCAGCGCCUUGCAGCUAGACUGGGAGUGGUCACGGGGCUGCAUCUUGCUGAAGUGUGUCAUCGUCAGUAUCCCAAGGUCCCACGAAUUAUUCUGUGGCUGAUGGUGGAGUUGGCUAUCAUUGGCUCAGAUAUGCAAGAAGUUAUUGGCUCAGCUAUUGCCAUCAAUCUCCUGUCUGUAGGAAGGGUUCCUCUGUGGGGUGGAGUUCUCAUCACCAUUGCAGAUACCUUUGUAUUUCUCUUUUUGGACAAAUAUGGCUUACGGAAGCUAGAAGCAUUUUUUGGCUUUCUCAUCACCGUUAUGGCCCUCACAUUUGGAUAUGAGUAUGUUACAGUGAAACCCAGCCAGAGCCAGGUGCUCAAAGGCAUGUUCGUGCCAUCCUGCUCAGGCUGCCGCACCCCACAGAUUGAGCAAGCCGUGGGCAUCGUGGGAGCUGUCAUCAUGCCACACAACAUGUACCUACAUUCUGCUUUAGUCAAGUCCAGACAGGUAAACCGAGCCAGUAAGCAGGAAGUUCAAGAAGCUAAUAAGUACUUUUUCAUCGAAUCCUGCAUUGCUCUCUUUGUCUCCUUCAUCAUCAAUGUCUUUGUUGUCUCAGUCUUUGGCGAAGCAUUUUUUGAGAAAACCAACAACCAGGUGGUUGAAGUCUGUAGAAAUAGCAGCAGUUCUCAUACUAGUCUUUUCCCUGAUGAUAAUUCAACACUGGCUGUGGAUAUCUACAAAGGGGGUGUUGUGCUGGGAUGUUACUUCGGGCCUGCAGCACUCUACAUCUGGGCAGUGGGGAUUCUGGCUGCAGGACAGAGCUCCACCAUGACAGGAACCUAUUCUGGCCAGUUUGUCAUGGAGGGAUUCCUGAACCUAAAAUGGUCACGCUUUGCCCGAGUGAUUCUAACCCGCUCUAUUGCCAUUAUCCCCACUCUGUGUGUUGCCGUCUUCCAAGAUGUAGAGCAUCUAACAGGGAUGAAUGACUUCCUGAAUGUGCUGCAGAGCUUACAGCUUCCCUUUGCUCUCAUACCGAUCCUUACGUUCACGAGCUUGCGGCCGGUAAUGAGUGACUUUGCCAAUGGAAUAGGCUGGAGGAUUGCAGGCGGGAUUUUGGUCCUCAUUGUCUGUUCCAUCAACAUGUACUUUGUCGUGGUUUAUGUCCGGGAACUAGGGCAUGUGACAUUGUAUGUGGUGGCUGCUGUGGUCAGCGUGGCUUACCUGGGCUUUGUGUUUUACUUGAGUUGGCAAUGUUUGAUUGCACUGGGCAUGUCCUUCCUGGACUGUGGGCACACGCUUUCCCUGUCUGUCUUACAGGAGCUGAAUACUUACCAUCUUGGAUUGACAGCUCAGCCUGAACUCUACCUUCUGAACACCGUGGAUGCUGACUCACUUGUGUCUAGAUGACUGACAGCCUGAGAGACUGUAUAAGAACCAUUUAUUCUUAGUCCUUUUGUGCCAAGUAUCCUGUUAACAUAUCUCUGUUAGUUCAGAGGUGAGUUUUGUUCAAAUGUUUUGAACAAAAAUCAAAGAUUUCCUCAUGGGAAGGGUGUUAAAAGCUGACAGCUAUAACUGUAGGUCAGAGACCCCCCCAUCAACCAAAGACCUUCAACAGGCAGAGUCAAAUGACAGGCCUGUGAUGGCCACACACCCCUAUGGGUUUGUGUUUUCUGGAAUUUAAAAAAUAUUUAUGUGUAUAUAUUUAUGUAAACCUGAACAGACCAGUUUGGGUAGAGUUUUAAGGUUAUAUAAAACUGAUAGAUCUUUUUUGUAUUUUUUUUAAAAAGUAUCAUUCAAAUAAAUUAGAUAUUCAGGUAGAUUUGUCUGGAUCACAAUUAAGAAAGGGAGUAAUGCUCUUUUUCUGAAUGAACUGAGGAAAAUUGACUUACUUUUUAAAGUGAUGCUUGACUACGGCCAGUUAAAUUUCCCUUUGAUUUUAACUGACGAGAUCCUUAGUAACACUGAUACUAGCACAUCACUUCUAAAGAUAACAUUUAUUUUAUUUGGUAAUCAUAGUUAAUCCAGGUUAUCGGCAUGCUUUGUAAUUACUGAUUCUCUUUGUUAACACUCUUCUUGAAUUUUUUUUCAGAGAUAUGAUGGUGUUUUCCAAAGAGCUUAACGCCUAGUAGCAAGAUCCACAAACCGUACUUUAACCAAUAAUCGGUUUUCCAUGCUGCAUUGUCAUUGAGCCCAUUCUAGCAUUCAGGUUUUAGGUAGGAAAGAUGAAACUUGUAACACUUAAUUUUUAAGUCCCGACAGACGAUAAGAGAGAUAUUUUUUUUCUUUAUAAUAUUGGUAUAGUCCCACCAUGUCUUUUCUUCCCACUUUUCCCAUUAAUACUCCAAACACCAUUUCUAGGUCCAAAGUCUAUUUCCAGGAGUGGCUAAUAGUCCUAAUGUUGAAUCACCCAAGGAACGCUAAGUCUUUUAUUUUAUUUAUACCAAGCAGUAUGAGAUUAGCACUUAAUUAGUAAUAUACAGAUUAGUCUACAUCACAGACUGCCUACCUACAUGUGGGUUAAAGAUUUUUUUUUACCCCUUUUCCUAAACAGGACUUUUUUCUUACUUUUUUUAUAAUAAAAAGUUAAUAUUUAAUAAUUGAAAGUUUUUGCAGAAUUAUCUAAUUGAAAAGUCAGAAAAUUUUCAACACUGGGCUCACAUUCCUGCAUGGAAAUACAGCUGGCUGGAACUGAAUGGCAGCUACCAUUUUUUAUUGAAUGUACUCCAGGUGGCAUACACCCCUUCAUUCAUUUCCUUCCAGCCUCCAAGGCAUUGAGUUUCCAAACAGUGUAGCCUUUACAGGACUUCAAGCAUCAUUUUCCUCUUUCAGUAUAAAAGUUAAAUAUCUGACUUAUUUUAUCUGCCUUAUUUUAAAACUUGGUACCUUUCAGUAAGAUUUUUAAAAAAAUCCAGACAUUGCCUAUCUUCAUUUAUAGUGACAUGGCCCUCUUAAGUGGCAGGGAUUUUUCUAUGAUACUUUCAGAUUCCCUCAUUUCUACGUAAGGGGCCCUUGAAACUCCUAUAUGAACAGCAGUCUUGCAAUUCAGGUUAGAGUCCUUCUGAUCUUAAAAAUGAAACUGAAUUAACAUCACUUACCAGUUUUCUCUUGAAAAAGAGAUUUUAAAAAAUGAGUUUUAAAGUGUUUUGGUUUCUUUAUACACAGAGAGCAACUUUAGAUGAACCAAUUUGUUGGAUUUUUCUUUGCCCCUGGGUAAUUUCAUCUGUCAGCAGUUUUAUUACCAGAAAAGGUUUGCGGAAAGAAAAGGAAAGAAAUCAUGUUUUGCGACUCUCAUAAAAAGAUGAGGUGGUUGGUCAAAUUGGUCAAACAGAUUAAGUACUUGGGGAAUUUCUAUAGCUUGUCUCCAUUCUUUAUAUGUUACUAGCCACAGACUAGAGUUUACAAAAGUUUAUAAGUAUACCUAUCAAGUCAUACAGCUCCUAUAAUCAGAAAAUUUUAUAAUAAAGCAAACUGAAUCAUGCUGAAA